AUGGCAGAAGAAAGCCCUCUCUUCCUUCAUUAUUCUCCGCUCCCCAACUUGGCGAGAAGCCCGGAUGAUGAAGUCCCAGGCUUGGUCGAGAGAGCGCAGAACGUUGAUGGUCUGGGCCCAGCCUUCGACAACUUCCUUGUCUCAUACGAGCACGCGUUUUUUGACCUCUUCGACCGUCAGGUUGCAUUGAUCAAAUCCCGUUCGCAGGCCUUUGAGGAUGGACACGUCACGGUCUUCGACAAGUCACUUCUUAUCCUCACUCAGAACGGGCAACAUCUCAACAACCCGGCAGCGAUCAAAUACUACUGCAAAGAAUAUCUGAACAUUGAUUUUGACACCCGUGACACUACCCACGCGUUGACACCAAGGCUCCAGCAGACCGUGCAACUGACCGAGGCUUUGCAGCAGGAGCUGUGUUUGGGCAGGACCGGCACAGUUGAGAAGGGUCCUGGGAACAAACCCGCCCAGUUGUCGCCUGGCGACCCACACCUUCGCAGCGACAUGGAACCCAAAUUAGCAGUGUUGUGGUCCGUCUACGAAACUGCUCGAGCAGAGUAUGAGGCCUGCGUCGACAAGGACGACAAGGAUGACACAGACGUGGCAGUCAAGAGAGCCAAGUUCCUGCGCGACACGGCCGAAAACAUCCUCCUGUACCUCAAGAAUAAGAAUGCCGACCCUUCGAUGAUUGCAGAGCUCGAAAGCACAUUCAACCAUGCCAAAAACGCAGCCGUCUGCUUGACCGGCGGCAAGAAGCGCAAGUUUGAUCCCGCAGGGAUGGACAAGAUCAAGGGUACGCCGCGUGGGCCAAGCCUGCCAUCCAGGAAAGAGAAACAACGUGGGAGCGGUGGCACUGAUGGGGGGAAUUACAAACAACAACAGCAUCAGUAUCAAUACCAACUUCCCCAUCAUCCUCAUCCAGAUAUCUCCAGUGGUCAUGUCGGCGAGAACAUGAGCUCCUACGGAUGGGUAAGCUCUGAUCUCCCAAGUGGACACGGUUACUCUCACCAGGCAAUUCACCCUGACACUUUCACCCAUUACGAUCAAGAUCCACGCCAUCUGGCAUAUGCUGGUGGCGGUGGCAGUGGCGGUGCGACAGCAACGAGCAGAGACCAUCGGCACAGCUAUGGACACCGCUAUGACCAGGACGAGGAAGACGAAUACACCUCUGCUGCCGCGCCAUAUAACGCAGCCGUCUCCAGCAGCCAUCACCAUCACCCCCAGGAACGUGUCCGCAGCGUCUCUCGCGCCAGACCAGCCCCCUUGUUCAACGAGCCUGCUUCCCCUAUGAGCGUCGAUUCCCACGAUAUCAGAGACCACGAGCGCGGUGGAAGGAGUCCCGGUUCAAAGUCGCCGUCACUCAAGAGCGAACGCGAACGCGACCGCCACAGUCGCCACAGCCGCCGCAGUCGCCGUGACCGUGACCGUGAGCACCACCACCGUCACCACGGCCGUGACCAGCAUCACCGACAUCGUCGAGACCGGAGCCGUCGACGCUCCAGAUCGCCCGUGAUCGACCGAGCUUACGACCAAGCAUAUUCGCAAGCCCGACGCCACGAGCGCGAACUCGAACGCGAAUGGGACCGCGAUGACAACAGAAACGUCGACGCCAGGGUCGACGACUGGGCCAGAGCCGUGACUAGAACCAGAACCAGAGCCGAUGCCGGUGCAGGCGGCAGUAGCCGUCCGACAGUACCCGUGGAUGAUCAUCGCGAGAACAGCCCCUUCUUCUACAGCGGCUAUGGCGGCCACACCGGCUACGGGAUGUUGGAUUCGUACGUGCCGAGUCGCGAUCGCAGCCGCAGCCACGACCGCGGUCGACGUGGCUCUUGA